AUGACUUCAAAGAAAAAGAAUGUCACUUCUACUGAGUCAAGUUCUGGUUCAACAUCAGGAUCCUCAUCUUCUAGUACUAGUUCUAGUGGCUCAGAAUCUAGUUCCUCCAGUGAAAGUGAAUCGUCCUCUUCCCAAGAAUCUUCCAAACAGCAGUCGGGCUCAGAGGCUACUAAAAAAACCGCCCCUAUUGUGAAAAAUGCCCGCAAAAGUACUGAAAACAAAUCAGGAACAGUUGCAAACAAGACUUCAGAAAAGAAUGCUUCAAAAAGUAAGAUGUCCCUAGGAAAAAAUGUGAAACCUCAAAAUAAAGCUAUCUAUAAUAGUACUGAUGAAGAUGAUGAUGGAAAAAAAACCUCAGCUAAGAGAAAAAGUAAUGUUAAACCAAAAAGUAGUGCUACUAUAACUCCCAAACCCACAGCCACUGUUCCUACAAAAUCAACAGGUACUGCCAAACCUUCUGCAAAAGCUAGUGCUCUUCCUAAACUAGUCAACAAAGGUAAAGAACCUCCAAAGGCAAGAGCACGUAAAGCUCCUGCCAAACAAACUGAUGCCAACAAGAAGAAAAGUAUUUUUUCACCAGAAAAUAGCUCUGAAUCAGACUCUUCUAAAGCAGUGAAGUCACAAAAAUCAUCAGCCACUUCAGAGUCAUCAUCUUCCAGUUCGAGCAGUUGCUCGGAAAGCGAAAGCAGCGCCCGAUCCUCAGGCAACACCCAAAAAGUCAAAAAACCCGUGAAAAAACCGAGCGUGGUCCAAAAAGAAAUCGCCCCGAACACCGACUCAGAAAACGAAACAGUCGCGGAAAAAACUAACAAACAAGUCGCUAGUACUAGGAAAUUAACAAGGUCGGCUAGCACGCGCAAAUCCAAGCACGUUCUCGGCAAAAACGUUUACUCCGACAGCGAUUCUGAUACCGAGAGCACCAAACGAUCCUUGUCCACUUCCCCAGUGAAAAAAGCCCCAGUUGCUACUAAGGGCAAGACGAAAAACACCAAACGCAAUGAAGCGAAGAGCAAGAACGCAGACAAUCAAACAGUAGAGGAACGCAAAUGCCCCUUGGAAGAGUGCUCAAGCACAGGCCACUUGAGCGGUAACUACGACAAGCAUUUUACCCUCGAAGCUUGCCCCAUUUACCACAACACCACGCCAGAAAAGUGCAAGCUAGAGAUGGAAGAGAGGAAGAAGAGAGAGGAGUUGAGGAAGAAGUCUUUGGAGUUCCACAGGAAAACCCCGAGGCCGCAUGCGAACGCUGACCAGAAGCAAUUCCUGCAGAAAAUCAAGGACAUGAGGUCGAAGUUCAAGAGUGAGCCGAUCGAGGACGUGAAGCCCAUCGUCGGCAAUAAAGCCCACCAGCCGGAUUUGAGGCAUUUCGUCCACGAGUACGACUUGAAGUUGUUCCAGGACGCUCUGGCUUUGGCCAGCGAGAAGAUCGAGCAGGAUUUGAAGAGUACGAAAUACAUAGAGAUGGGCAAAUUCGACAUGGAAGUGUGGUACCAGAGUCCCUACCCGGAAGAUUACGCACGCCUGCCCAAAUUGUACAUUUGCGAGUUCUGUUUGCGCUACAUGAAAUCGCAAACGAUCCUGGAUCGGCACGUGGUAAAAUGCGUGUGGCGGCACCCGCCUGGAGAGGAGGUGUACCGCAAGGAUAAGAUCAGCGUGUACAAGCAGUACUGUCAGAAUUUGUGUUUACUGGCCAAAUUCUUCCUGGACCACAAAACCCUCUAUUAUGACGUAGAACCUUUUUUGUUUUACGUUAUGACCAUGGUAGACAACGACGGUUGCCACACAGUGGGAUACUUCAGCAAGUUGCGAAUCGCCGAAUUAUUAUCGCACAUGGCGAUAGGAGGGGGGGAGUGGGGGGAAGGCAAUUUUAGGUGCGAGCCUGUGCCGUCGUCUCGAUUGGGGGGCCCGCUUUGGGACCGGGGGGCCCCCGAAAUUUAUUCCGACCUUUGUAUACCUCCACCGUUCGGAAACGAAUUAUGA